AUGGAACAAAAUGAGAUGAAUAGAAAUGAACAAGCGAUAUCAUCGAUAUUAACAUUUGAUGAAUUAAGAAAACUGAAGAUCACUUCAACAGAUCUCUUAGAAUGGUCAAGUCCAAUUGAUAUUGUCGAACAUUAUGAACAUUUUUUGCAAACAAAUCAAUCGUCAACGAGAAAUCAAUUCUACAAUUGUACUUUACCAUGGUUUGGACCAAUUUGCCAAUAUAAAUUUAUCGUUAAUGAAUCGUUUUCAUAUUUUCUUCAAGUGCGACAUGAUAUAUCUCAGCCAUUUGAAAAAGAAACAGCAACAAUAACGUGUUAUGUGCAUCUUCGAUGUGAAAUCCUUCCCUCAUUGAUUUGUCUCGAUUGGCGUGAAAUAUGUGAUGGAAAAAUCGAUUGUUGA